UCUGACAUACAUGGCUCCUCUCCUCUUCCUCCUCCUCUUCGUCACUCUGCUCCAGGGUACACGCUCCACAAGGACAGUGAAGAAGCAAUUUGUAGAGAUCGGAGGGUCUGUCACCAUCCCCUGUCUGUACGAUCAGCAAUAUAAAGACCAUGUGAAAUAUUGUUGCAAGGGCAACUAUCAGGAUAACUGCUCUGUUCUAGUGCGCACUGACUCUCCACAGAGAGCAGGAUAUGUGUCAAUCACAGAUAACCCCUCCCAGCAGCUGUUCACUGUGACCAUGAGGAACCUACAGAAGGGAGACACUGCCACCUACUGGUGUGGAGUGGAGACCAGCAAGCAAAAAGAAUCUGAUGACUGUGCCCCCUUUGCCUUAGAGGUCACUGGUAUUCAGAGAAUGAAGACAGUGAGCAGGCUAUCAGUAAAGAGAGGAGGGUCUGUUACCAUCCCAUGUUUCUAUGAUCAGAAGUAUAAAGACCAUGUGAAAUACUGGUGCAAAGGAAGCAUGUGGAGCCUCUGCUCUAUCAUAGUGCGCUCUACCGAUCCACAGAGAGCACAAGUGUCAAUCACAGAUGACCCCGCCCAGCAGGUCUUCACAGUGACCCUGAGGAACCUUGAGAAAUGGGAGAGUGGUUCUUAUUGGUGUGGAGUGAGGGUUGGUUGGAAAGCAGAGGACAGAGCAAAUGUGCAUCUCAAUGUCAACAAAGGUUCUGUUGGUCUGUCGGUGCUGAACAACACAGUGGUGGGUGAGGAAGGGGGCAGUGUCAGCAUCCAGUGUCUCUAUAGCGACAGCCUCAGGGACAGUGUAAAGAUGUGGUGCAGGAUUUGGGACAGGAGCUCCUGUCUGACAGCAGGGGGAACUGGGAUAUCCCAACAUGCAUCUGUGCUGGUCAGCGAUGACAGAAGAGGAGUGCUGACUGUGACAGUGAGGCGACUGGAGAGGAAGGACACAGGCUGGUACUGGUGCACUGCAGGAGAGGAGCAGUUUCCUGUUCAUAUCACUGUCACACACAGAAAUGCAACAACCUUGGUUUACGAGACAGCGCAGGAUGUAUACGGAAGUGUAAUUCUGUAUAUGCUGCUGAAAUCUGCUGUUGCUCUGGUCUACAUCACAUGCACCGUCAUAGCCACCCUGAAGAUCUGGACUUACUGCAAACAAAGCAGAGGAGGGUCUCCUGGGAAUGAUGGAGAAGGAAAGAGGAGGAGGAAGAAAAGGACAGAAGAGUGUGCUGACACUGUGACAAAGAUGGGAGCCAGAGGAGAAUCAGAAGCUUAUCUGUGAUCAGGAGCUUGGCAUAAAUCAAACUCUCCCUGACCAAUCAGGGCUCGGAUAGAGGGAGGACCGUGAAGGAGAGCCCGCAAAC